AUUUCGAGACAUCUCUUUUUGAGUCAAAAUUCCUCCUUCUGACCAUGGGACUUUCCAGCAGGACCACAGCUCCUUCCGUGCACUCAUUUGGCCUAGGAUAGAUAUCCUGGCUUGUUGAGGGAAUCUUCAGAAGGAGGACAUCAGCCAUGUGGUCCCCCUGGAGUCUUCUCCUCUGUGAAGCGUUCCUCCCCACUGUAGUUAUCAGUGUCCAGGUGCUAAGCAAGGUGAGGGACUCCGUGCUGCUGGCUGCAGAGUGUCCUCCAGGCUUCCAGGUUCGGGAGGCCAUCUGGCGAUCCCUCUGGCCAUCGGAGGAGCUCCUGGCCACGUGUUUCCGGGGCUCCUUGGAGACUCUGUACCACUCCCGUUUCCUGGGCCGAGUUCAGCUACAUGACAACCUCAGCCUGGAGCUUGGGCCCCUGGAAACUGGAGACAGCGGCAACUUCUCUGUGCUGAUGGUGGAUACAGGGGGUCAAACCUGGACCCAGACCCUGCACCUCAAGGUCUAUGACACAGUGCCCAAGCCUGAGGUUCAAGUGUUCACCGCCGCAACGGGGGAAGCUCAACCCCUCAAUACCUGCCAGGUCUUCUUGUCCUGCUGGACCCCCAACACCAGUGACAUAACCUACCGCUGGCGGCGAGAGGGCCCGAUGGACUUUGACCGUGAACCUCACAGCCUUUUCUCAAGUGGACAGGUGUUAAGCGUCUCCCUGGGACUGGGAGACAAGGAUGUGGCCUAUACCUGCAUUGCCUCCAACCCUGUCAGCUGGGAUAUGGUCACAGUCACUCCCUGGGAGAGCUGCCAUCAUGAGGCAGCCUCCGGGAAAACCUCCUACAAGGAUGUGUUACUGGUUGUAGUGCCAAUCUCACUGUUCCUGAUUCUGGCUGGUCUCCUUGGCGUGUGGCACCGGGGCCCCUGCUCAGGGAAGAAGAAGGAUGCUUGCGCUGACAGAGGGGUUCCAGAGACAGAGAAUCCCCCUGUAUAGGGUAUCGUGAGGGACAGCAUAAACUGGUACUUGUGUCAUGAUGAGACACCCUGCCCAGCCACAUGAUGCUCCACACCAGGAAACUUCCAGUGUCCUCAUAACUUCCUCAAGCCUCCAGUCUGCCUCUACUGAACGAACAGCCAAGGAACCUCCUGGAACGCCAUCAUGCAGGCCCAAACUUCCUCUCUCCCCUUGGCACAUGCUGCAUGUCUGGGCAAGGUGGACUAAUAGGAUGCUUCCUUAAGAACACUGGACAUUCUCUAGGAUCCACAGGGACAUUGCUUACCCAAAGCAUUUGUUCUUCUGCCAUUGUCCAUAAGGUACUAUCCAACUACCAAGGGACUGUCUCCAGGCCAAGUCCUGGGCCCUAAGAGCUAUCAGAUGUUUGAACUAACAGGGAAAUUAAGCUAACCACUGCCAAUUCCAACCCCAACCCCUGGAGUCUGAGGUCCAUGAGUUCAAGAUGGUAUCAUAAGAAAAGUCAUAGAACAGGGAAAGGUGAGAGGUGGGCCUUUCUCUUUCUAGCCUAAAGGACUUUCAGAUCAUCUAAGUUCAACGGCCCUCAAAGGUAAAUUAAGGUUAUAGGUGACAAAGCAUAGUUAAUAUGCCAUAUUAAUAGGGAGGCCAUUUUUCUGGUGACACCCUAAACAGCCAUCUUCAUUGCCAUUAAUUCUCAUGUCUCCUGCAUGAUCUGGGGUAAUGUUUGAGGCUUUCUCUAUAUAUUCUACACAGUUGCUAGAAAAAAAGAAAAAUAAAAAAGCAGAGCUUAACCCAGCCAACAGGAAAUUCUUCCACAACUUCAAGAGAAGCAACUAAGUCCAGGAUAAGUCCCUCUUCCUGAAACUGGAAGAAUGACGAGCCAUGAAGAGCUACACAGGAGAAAAAUUGUGGAGGGGAAGGGUACUGCGACAUUUUAGAACCUGCCAUAUUCAUUUUAAGAUGCAAGUGUAGAAGUUCCACCUAAGUUCAAGGGGAGAGACAAAGUCCCUACCACUUAACGGCAGGGUCGCCAAGGUCGUUUUGACAUAUGCCACAGAGGAUAUAGUUAUGGCCGUCUUUGGAAAAUGUCCCCUGCCACUGAACGAUUCUGUCCUGAAGGAGUCCAGGCUGUUUGUUGCUACUCGGAAAAACAAUACUCUUAAUGAGUUAAAUUUAUCCUCAUGGAGUAGUUGCUGCAAGGUCCAUGCUUAUUCCCCUCCAAAUGUAAUGGGUUUUAUCCUGUGGCCCCACCCAUUGUUAAUAAUAGAAAGAAAGGAGGCAUUGAAGAAGCAAGGUAGUUUUGUAUGUUUCCUAGGUGGCUCAGUCUCUCCACCCAGGAAGUCAAGCCUGCCCUGGCACCUUUCCUCUUCUAUUCAAUGCCAAGACCGGCAGCCACUUCACCGGGGACAAAUGAUGAUGGCACAAUCCGCUGGCUUGUGUGUUCACAUUACACACUGCCUCCCCACCUUACCUCUGAUUUCCUCCUGCUGGCUUUCCCCCAGAGGUCCCUGGCUUUGUAUAAUUAUUCCUCUCUCCUGUACUCACUUCUAUCCUCUUUCCUCCAACAUCCUCCUGCAGAGCUCACAUGCCCACUCAACCUGGCCACUGUAUGGCCCUCCCCUGCCACCUGUAGGCAUUUUCUCACCAAAUCAGGGAAAGCCUGCCUGUCCCUAAGAACAAUGUGAAAAGGAUCUAGUGAUGAGCCGUUGUGGUUCUGGGUUGAUAAAAAUACAUUCUGCUCCACACACACACUUUUCCUCCCUUUAUCCCCACAGCCUCAACUCAGACCAGAGCACAGGUCAGUUCUCCUUGUUAUGAGGUGACUCUCAUCGACCUUGCGUAGACAGUAUAGAUCUUGUGUAGACAGUGGCCUUGCAGUGAGUUGUACCAAGGCGUCUUGGAACAGGCCUUGCUCAAACAAACAUCCCCAGUGACUCACUUGUCAAAGUAGUAGACUUAUUAUCCCUCCUCUGGAGAACACAAAGUACAUCUGGGAGACCAAUCUUACUCUAAGAGGCAUUGGGAAAGGUGCUCUAAAAGUUACACCAUCCCAAGUAUGAACUAAGGGCUCAGCACAGGCUGGGAGCUCUUUGAGGCAUUGAGGGAUCAGUUUCGAAGGAAACAAAGCCUUUGCUUUCUUGGAGUCCAUGUUUGAUGGCAUAUAAAUAAAUGGAUAAGUAUAUGCUAGAUGCUAGCAGGUUCUGUUUAAAAGAAAAGGCAGUCUGGCUUUGUGAUACAAGCUUAGAAACCCAGUUACUCAUGGAGGCUGAGGUGGGAGGAUGGUAAUUCAAGGCCUGUGUGAACUACAGAAGAAGUCCAAGGCUAGCCUGGCUGGCUUAGUCAAAACCUUGCUUCAGAACAAAACGGAGAAAAGAUGCACUGGGGAAUAUAGCUCAGUGGUAGAGUGCUCGCUGGCUUGCAUGAGGCUCUGGGUUCAGUCCCUAGAAAACACAGGAAGGGAGGGAGAGAAGGAGGGAGGGAGGGACAGAGGGAGAAGGAGGAAAGGGUGGGUAAAGGUUAGGGACUGACGUGUUGGCAGGACUCAUCAUGCAGUGAGUGCCUUGUCAGCACACAGCAAAACUUUCAGAGCCCUUAAGUGGGAGCACAGUUCACAGCCAACAGAGACCAGGUGGCUGGAUCCAAACAAGGGAGAAAUAAGGGAAAAGAAAAGGUCUAGAGGUAUGGCCUGGGCCCACUUCAUGUCAGCCCUCAUAGUCUACAGAGUAAGAGCCUCCUUUCCUCAGAGUGUGGGUGGCAGAGGAGUCUCAGUGAGUCAAAAUGUCAGUCUCUUUGGGGGACAUUCCUUAUACACGAUUGGACCAGAACUUCCUCCAUACUGCUCCUUCUCUUCCUUGUUCUCAUUUUCUUUAUCUUCAGUGGUAGCAAUUUUCUUUUCUGUAAAGGAUAAACACAAGCUCUGCUAGGACGAAGAAGUCAAGUGACAGACUAUAGCUGAGUGUAAUAGGUAACACCUGUAAUCCUAGCACUCAGCACAGGGGCUAAAGCAAAUGAAUUACUGUGACGUUAAGGCCAGCCUAGGCUACCUAGUAAGUACCUAGUGGGCUACAGAGUGAGACCCUGUAUCCCAAAACUAAUAUGAGAGAAUGGGGGAGAGCAUAGCACAGGAAUCAGUUUGGAGAGAGCUUCAUUUCCCUUAUGGAUAUAAAUACUCAGUGCUUUAAAGGUGGGGGAGAGGAGAAGUCGGUGCCAUUAUCAAUGACAUCUCCUUUCUUUCACAUUUAUGAUAUAGUGCCUACUCUUAGCUCUUGGUUACUUACUAAUCUCUCAGGGAAACAGCUGUCCCUUUGCAGACUUAACCCUCUGACUCCUUCUAUCCAUUUUCAAUGCAGCAGCCUGAAAGGAGAGUCUGUAAAAUUCCAGACUACAACUUCCCCAGGUCUGUGAAGGUUUCAGUGGCUGUCUCUCCUUUGGACUAUGCGCUGGUGACAGUCAAUUGCCAGGAGUGGCAGGCUGAGCAUAUGAGUGGGGGUAGUGGGGAUUAUCUAUUGCACAGCCUGACUGGUUUCCAUAGAGUGACAUCGUAAGGACCCAGAAAAGAAUGGCCAAAAUGAUGAAAGUCUGAAAGCCCUUAUGCUAUGAGAAAUGACUGAAAAUACUGGUGGUGUUUAGUUUGAAACAAAACAAACAAACAAAAAAAAAAAAACUCAGCUGGACACAGAUAUACAAAUAUUUGAAGGGCUUUAACAUAAGCCCCAGACUGUGUAACCGGGGCCAACGGAGCAUGUUACAAAGAUGCAGAUAUUGACUCAUGUGAAUAAAAGUCUAUCCCAACUGAGAGGCAGCUUUGUGGUUACUCGGUUCAAUUUCCUAGGUAAAAACCUGAAGCCAGAAAGACAGAAUUACUCAAUGCAAAGUCAAAAUAGUUCUAGAUUUCCUAAAUCAGUUCAGCCCCUCACACUACACUACAUCAC